GUAUUGUCGAUUUUUUACCUGAGGUGCAUUAAAAAUACACAGUGCAGUAUAGUGUACAGGUGCCAACUGAAAGAGUUUUAUAUCAUUUUAUAAGAAAAGCUUAGUGAAUCUUGAAACAGUAUUUUAAUUUCUUUUAGUGAGCUUAAAUUUUACUUAUUAAAAAAUGCAAAUCAAUCGGUUAUUCUGUUCUAAUUACGGAAAUGGUCAAAAAGAAGAAACAACAGCUUGCUGUUGUACAUUGAAUAAAGUAAAAAAAAUCUCAAUUGGAGUUCUUGCCCUUCUGUGUUUUCUUCACUUUAUCUUCUUCCCCCUAGCAACGGAAUACUAUAAUGACGAGUGCUUCUUAAGUGCCCAAAAGUAUCAGGCUGUUGUUCAUGCCGUAUUUACAGUUGCAGGUCUCUUAAUACAACAUAAUCAAACAUUUUGGUUAGAUUAUGGAACAUUGCUAGGUUAUAUUAGAUCUGGUAGUAUUCUUCGAUAUGAUUCAGAUGCAGAUGUUGGUCGGAUGAUGUUAAAUGGCACAAAGGAAGCAAAAUUUUGUCGGGACUUUAAAAAAAUCUUACAAGCACAUCACAUGACGUUAGCAGAGAAUUGUACGAAAAUAUUUUAUACUAGCGAGAAUGGAGAUGUUGUACAUGUUGAUAUGUUCCGUUGGAAGAUUUCUACGACAGAAAGUGCGAAUGGAAGUGAAAUUAGAUCUCUAACGAGAAUAGAUGGUAAAGAAAAACACGAGAAGGAUAAACUUCUAAAAUACAGCAAAAAGAUGGGAGCAGGAAGCCUCCCGGCAGAUCUUGUUCUUCCUGUUCAGACAGUGAAAAUGAUGAAUAAACUUGUUAAAGUGCCCAAAGAACCUAUAGAUGUGAUAAAAGUACGAUACCCACUUAGCUAUAAAAUUCCGUUCCCAUACAAAUGGAAGUGUUGGCUACCGUGGAAUUUUCCUAAGAAAGUGCCAGAUAAGUCAUCAUAAUAGAAUAACAAAUUUUACAACGAAAUGAUUAAAAUGACUAAGAAAUUCAGAAUAGAAAUCAAAUCGCCCCUCUUCAGCGAUUAUUGAAUAUUUUAAGAUUACAACUAUGGAUAAGUUUAGUUAUUUUAUAUUUUAUAUAUCUAUUAUUAUUUUUUAUUUUUUCAUCUUUUUCUCUUUUCAAAUAUAUAACAGAAUUUCGUUUUUACAUUAUGAAUUUUUAAAAAUGAGAAGAGAUAUUACUAUUUUAAUAUCAUACUAUUAUUCUUCUUUUAUGGGAUAGUUAUGAAUAUGCCCGUUCAGAAAUUGAUUAUUCAACGAAAAAGAAAACAAUCAAUAUUUCUUAAUCCUGAACUAUAAUAUAUAAAAGCUAAGCGUUUAUAUAAAUUCUUAAAUUUUGCAGUCCAUUUUUAAUAGUUCUGGAACAUUAUAACAGAGUGAAAUAGAAAUGGGACAUAUGUGCCGUUUUAAAAGAACCUUUACGCAGAUAUCUGAUUGUUAUAUGUAAAAAAAUUAUUUGUAUUUGGAACACAGACAGUUUAAGUUUAUUCAUAAAGAAUUUUACUUCAACUAGAAGAUUUGAAUCAAUCUCUUUACUAAUCAGUCGACGCCUGUACAAUACCUGGUCUCUUUUAGUUGAUAAAAAUUGAUAAAAAAUAAAUGAUACGUUUAAAACAUCAUCUAAAAUGUACGUUGCUAGCUUCCACUUGAUAAGAAAAAACCAGGCUUAGUUGUAGGUAAAUUCUGUGUAAAUUAAAGGUUAACUUAUUCCCUAUAUAAAACAUUCUAUUUACUUAUGGGGGAGACAAAAAUUUCUAGGAGUGGGCAACAGCAUAUUUGCUUAUUGCCCAUAAUGCUAAAUAUUUAAUAUUUGUUUUCCUCACACCCUUUCGUUCUUUUAUACCCGUCAUUCUCUAUCUCUUUCCUCAGAAAUCUAUAUUUUAAUCAACAGUCAUAUCUGAUAUCAUACUUAGUAUUGACGAACGCGACAAAAUUAUAAAGUAAUUAUUAUAUGCUUUGAGUUAUUUUGCAUAAAUAACAGAAUAAAUAUUCAUUGUCUUAUAAACUUUUAAAAAGUAUAUAUUUGAAUAUUAACAACAAUAUUGGUACAAAUAUAUUAAUUAUAUGUUACAUAGUAUAGCGUUACGUGUCUUUGUUGCCAAAGUUCUUUUUUUAUCAGUACCAGAAAAUUUUACUCUACAGUUGGAAUAGUAAUUUAUUAUAGAACAUAUAGAUCAGGUCACACUGAUGAUGAAUCAUCGUUUAGUAGUAAAGUAUUAUUAAUAAAAUGUGACUAUGAGGUAUAAUUUUUCUGCUUUACACAAUAGAAUGUAAGACAGAAAGAACAGAGAGUGUAAUCAACAGGUACAAAAUGAUUAAUAGAGGAGAAAUGAACAAAACAAUAGUUUUGAAUAUUCAUUAGCCAAUGUGACCCCAGAAAUAUAAGUUGUUUAGAGUAAUAGUUCGAAAUAUGUAUGAAUUCUG